UUGGUACAACAAGUCUCAGAUGUGGGAGAAGCGGGUCGUAUCAGAUCUAAGACCCGGAAUGAAGUUGCAGACCGUAUAUUAAGGUUGAGUUGGGAGCAGAAGGUCACCGUUCUUCAAUCCGAACAGGAAGCUUAUAAACAGGAGAUAAUUGCAUUAGAGAAAUCCUCCGAAGCGCUUCUGCAUAACUACAGGGCCGAACUGGAGGCGUUGGUCGUCAUUCAGAAAGAAAUCAACAAGUCCUCAAACGAGUUUUCGAAAAUUUUCGUCACAACAGGAUGUGGCAAGUUAGUAAAUCCUAUAUAUUACGAAAAGUUCCUGAAAUUCAUCCAGGAUUCUACGCGGCAGCGGUUAUCGUUAGCUCAAAAUAUUUUUGUUCCUUUAUUCAAUUACAAGGACACGAUCGUGGACAAACUGCGUCUAAAGAACUCUGCCUUGCACACCCAGCUACGAAAAUCCCGAGAGCAACUGAGGCAAAAGGAAGAACUUGGGGAGGUUCUCCGUCCCGUCGAUUUUGAGCAGCUGAAAAUAGACAACUCCGAGUGUCUCAGGAAAAUCGAUGAACGCAAUCAAGAAAUACAACGACUCAAGCUUGUCGCAGGCAAGACACUGCAGGUGUUAAACGCAUAUAAGGUUCAGUUGACGCAAGCCAUCAAAGAAAAAGAGAGGAUUAAACUAGAGAUAGCUCAGAGGCUUGAUAUCAAACGAAGAGCACAAAGCGAAAUGGUGGCCGUAAAAAAAGAGUUGAAGGAAGAGACAAAAGCGAAUAAGGAAUUUAAAGAACACACGUUAUCCUACAAUGUACCCUCUGUCAUCACUCUUAUGAAGCUCAAAAGUGAAGAGCGUGAAAUCGUCAGGAAGGAGUCGAUACACAAACGGAAAUUGCAUCUCGCACAAAUGGCACUAGCCCGACACAAGAAAAUAUGGUUGCGAAUUCGACACUCCACAGCGGACGCCAUAGCAUGAACCAUAAUUUCAACAAUCCCACUGCUUCAUCACAUUAUUCAUCCGUUUUGAUAGAAAUUCCGUCAGACAUGAUUGACGUAUAAUUUCGUAUACCUGAUUUCCAUGUCAUUGCUUGGUAUUGUAGAA